GCCCGGCCGCUGGGUCCAGUCAUGGCGCCAGCGCUGUGGAAGGCUCUGCUUGCCGCGGGACUCCUGGCUCUCGCCCACGCGGCCUUCUCGGCCGCGCAGCAUCGGUCGUACAUGCGGUUGACGGAGGAGGAAGAGGAGCCGCUGCCGGCGGAUAUCGUGCUCCAGACGCUUCUGGCCUUCGCCCUCGCCUGCUACGGGACGGUCCACGCGGCGGGGGAGUUCAGGGACGUGGACGCCGCCUCCGAGCUCCGGAGUAAGACGGCUGCUGCCUUGAGGAGCCGCCCGUCCUUUUCCGUGUUUAACCACCGGGCGCGAGUCCUCUUCCGGUCUUCGGGUGCCGCGCUCGCGCGCCCGGGCCGAGCGUGCGGCCCGCCGGAGUCGCCGAAGCUCGGGGCGCUGCGCGGUUGA